CCAGUGAGAAGGGAAAAAAGCAACACACUGUGCAAACACAGAACUGCAGCAAGUCCGAGUUCCUGCACAUUGGUAAUGGGCCUAAAGGGAUCGAAGCUCCCCGACGCUCGUAUUCUCCUCCUUGGCCUGGACGGAGCCGGGAAAUCGACGCUCCUCUUCAAACUGAAGUACAACGAGUUGUUCCAGACAGCCCCGACCAUUGGCUUCAACGUGGAGAUGAUGGAAUUGAAGCGGAACAGAAGGAAGAUCACCCUGACCGUGUGGGACGUUGGAGGACAGGAGAAGAUGAGAACGCACUGGAGGAAUUACUACCAAGACACGGCUGGGCUCCUGUUCGUCGUUGACUGUUGGGACCGGAGACGUCUGGACGAGGCAAAGCGAGAACUGGAGCGUGUGCUGAAGAACGAGCACCUCCGAGGACUUCCUGUGGUCUUUCUGGCCAACAAGCAGGAUAAAGAAGGAGCCUUAACGGCAAUCGAGCUCACGGAGACGUUUAACCUGAGGAAGACGUGCAGUGACAGGGACUGGUUCGUUCAGCCGUGUUCAGGAAAGACCGGCGCCGGACUUCCGGAAGGGUUCAGGAGGCUGGCGCACCUGGUGGAAACCACCUCCAACAACAACAUUAAAGAGACGGUGAAGAAUUUCAGGAAGUCGAUAAAGAAGUAGCUAUUUAACCCAAAAUCUCCUGCCGUAGCAACAAGUAUCCCAUUGAUCCAGAUUUAUUAUCAUAAUUUUUUUUUUUUAAUAUUACAUUUAUUUAAAAUAUGCAUAACUUGUCAUGAUCCUGACCAGGAUAAAGUGGUUACCAAGAUAAAUUCAUUAAUAAAUGAAUGAGUACUUCUCUUACAGUAAAUCAUGUUACGUGAACAUUUAGUUUUUGUUUUUUUAAAUUUUAUGCAACUUUUUCAUUUUACUUUUUACUUCACGACCUUGUAGCUACAAUUUCUGUCCUAUAUGGUACAUACUGAAAUGUUUUCCCCAUGUUCUUCCUCAUUCAAUUCCAUGUUAAAAAACAGUUUUAAUAUUGGUCCACUUUGAGUGUAAAUGUUUAAAGGGGGGGUAUUUUGACACAAUGGGUGAAACCCCCCACCUCUUUUAUUCAUUUAUUUUUUAAACCAAUGAAUAUCCAGGUGAAAAAUUCCUCUUUUUUAUGAAUCGAGCAUGUUGAUAACUUGAAUGUAGUUAGUGUAUACUGUAUGUGUUUGCUGAAAAAUUGCAGAUUUCACAACAACAAAAAAAAUUCUCAACUUUUAAAAAAUGUAUUUUUUUAAAAGCUACAAUACAAAAAUAAUUAAGAUGUUUUUUUCUUGCAAGUCAUGUUUAAGAUUAAGAGUCCAAGCCAUUUUAUUUAAUUUUAAUUAAUUAAUAAAGUUACUUUUUAAAAUUGAAAAUAUUGUUUGGGUUAAAAAAAACCCCCAAAUCCCUCCAUUUAAACCAACGUUAUUCUAUUUUUGCAUCACAUUUAUAUAAACAUAUAAUCAUAAAAAAAAUUCUCUCAGUGCUUGGUCCAUGAAGUCUCCACAUUAAGCAAAGAUUAUAAGAGUAUC